AGAUAAAAAUGGGGAGAGAAAGAGGGAGAGUCCACGGUGGCAGCGUCGAGGUUCGAACCCUGGACGGAGGGCCAGGACUGGCCAAGGUAACCUGGGCUGAAGGGGCUAGGCUGAGAUAGUAUUCGAAGGAAAAGGACGGAGGUGGGAUUUGAAGCGGCGUCUUCAUCUCAUUGCAUGGCUGGAUUGAGACGCCAUCUUUACUCCAAGGCCACCGAGACCAUUCAUCAUGGAAUGUGCUGAAGUGACCAUCAAGCAAGAGCCCGAUGAAUAUAUAAUCGACUGUGAUGACGAACCGGAUCGCUCCGAGGAUGAGCCUUUGUCCACGGAGCUUGACUUCCCUGAAAGUCGCGGGUCUCACUUGCCGAGGGGAGCUAUUGCCAUCCAAUCAAAGGAGAUCAUGAAGAUCCCCUGUCUCGAUUGCAAUAUAGUGUUCUCGAGCCAGAUCGCCAUGUUGUGCCACAAGGUGUUUUUCCACAUGCAUCACUACUGUCCCUUCUGUCAGAUCGUGUUCAAAUCCGGACAGGACAAAUCCAUUCACAUGAUGAUGAAUCACAGUGAGCACAAAUGCGACCAAUGUCAAUUGGAGUUUAUCUCGUUCCACGAGUUCCAGAUCCAUCGUCUCGAGGAGCACCAGAUUUUUCAUUGCCCUUUCUGUGGUUACCUGAUCCCCGACACGAGCCUUGAGAUCCAUUUGAAGAAUCACUUCAUCGAGCCCGAGGUGACGGAAGGAACGAAAAAGGUUGUAUCACUCUUCGAUAAGAACCUCCAAAUUGUGGGCGACGAGACCCGUUUCAAGCUCAAAUGUAGCCUCUGUUAUAAAAGGCUUGCCCGAACAAAAGUAUUCUCUCACAUUCGAUAUCGCCACAACUUCCACCCCGACUUUGCCGUGGCGUUUCUAGCUCAAUGCAAUUUUACCAUUAACGAAGACAUCUAUCGGACCCUCUUGGAUGAACCGGUUCGGAAACGAAGGCAAGACCCAUUAAAUGGGCCUUUGGAAGCUUCACCUCGAGCUCCCAGUUCCUGUGGUUCUCCACGGAGCCCUCUUCCUCCUUUCAAGUUGGUCGGAUCCAAGGACGAAUACAAGUGCUCUGUGCCUGGUUGCUCCGUAGUGAACAGUGACUCUGGUCUUCAUCUGCUUCUGGACCAUGGACAGGUGUAUUGCCAUCAUUGUGACGAAUUUUUCUCCAGCAUGCCCGAGCGCAAUGAGCACUGUCUACUCACUCACGUAUACCAAUGUUCCAUGUGCGAUUUGCCAUUCGUGUCCUGGUUCAAACUGCUGGAGCACCGAAUCGAUGUCCAUCACAACUACACGUGCGUGUUUUGUCCCAACUUGAUCAUCAACUCGUUUGAUCCAUUUGCCAAGCAUUGGAAGCAAGCUCACGAAGUGAAUAACGACAACAUGUGUCGACGGGAGGAAUUCCGAUUAGCCACGCUCCUCAUCCACACCAACUUAUUCGAGAUCAAUCGGGAAGCGCAGACCCUUCAAUGCAAUAUCUGUUGUCGACGGGAAAUGUCAUUGGAGGACAAGCCAUUGAUCAGGAAUCAUUUCACGGAGUUCCACAAGGUGUACCUCCCGCUCCUCUUUUAUUUCUUCAACGGAUUGAACUCGUUCUCAUUGGAAAAGAGUGAAAGAGGCUUGUUGGACGACAUCGAGGCCGGUGACCCGAUUGUGUCGGAGGUCCAACAAGCCAAAAUGCAUAAUUGAAUCGUAUGCAAAGAAAGCUUUCGCACUAGCGAGGCUGUUCAAUCUCAUCUGAUCACCGAGCACAUGCAGCCUACCAACAAAGAUCCGAUCCAGGAAUCCCAGGAUAAGGAGGGAUCCAAAGAGGACGACGAUUCCAAGGCUGAGAUCACCGAAUCCUCCUUAGAUGUGCCAGACCUGUUUCCGGAUGACGUGGAAAACGAUUUGAUCGAGCCCUUAGUCAAAAUGGAAACCGAUUGCGAACCCGGCCCAAGCACCGAAGUCGAGGUCAAUCCAGAUCUACCUGAACAAUUUUUAGAGACCGACUCUGGAUCCGAGAAUGAUCUCGAGUUGGACGACGGCGAUAUUUGGCAGGCGGGCCCCUUGCCCAAAAAAGACACCGUGAUCGAUCCCGACGAGAUCGAGGGAGAUGUGGGCAAGUCACCUGUGUUUCUAUCCUGCGAGAUUUGCCACAAGAUCUUGCCUUCAAUGUUGGCCUUUAGUCAACAUAUGCGUUCAGAUCACAAGGACAGUGAGCAAGAACGAAACAAGCCGUACAAGUGCGAGAUCUGCGGACAAGGGUACUACUUACUGCCCAGCCUGAAUGCGCACAUGAGUAAAGGCCACAAGGUGGUCAAUGGAAAGGCUACCUUUCCUUGUAAGUUCUGUUCUGCAGUGACCAACUGCAAAACCAAUCUGAAGCGACAUAUCCGGAGAGUUCAUCCGGAACUAGCUGUACAGGAUUCGGAACUAUCCAUCCGAUGCGAGUUUUGCGAAGAAGCCUUUUGGCGUGAAUCCGAGCGACUUCGACAUGUCCUGAAAGUUCAUCCAGAGAUGAAGAUUGUCGCCAAAUGUCGACUUUGCGACCAGAUAUCGGUCAAUCGGAAUGCUUUGAGACGUCAUUACGCUCGAAUGCAUCCUGGGGAAUCAAUCGAAGGGAUAUCUUGCACAAAAUGUGACCAGACCUUUGGCACGAAGCAAGAGUUGUAUAAGCACUCCAAAGAAGCUCAUCCCGACAUUUAUCAAUGCAACCAAUGCGAGGAGAAAUUCAAGAUCCGACGCGACCUCGAUCGUCACGUCAAAGAUACCCACCCAGCCUUGAAGGAGCGCGAAUUCUCGUGCGAACUUUGCGGCUCUGUCUUUGACAAUAAAGCCUCGCACAUGGCCCACAUGCGCUCACACAAGAACAAAUCUCCCAAAUUCAAGUGCAGUCUUUGUGGGGAGAAAUUUCCAACGAAAGAAGAAAAGUUGGCUCACUAUGAGGAAGCUCAUCCGGGAGAGGCCCAAUUCAAGUGUGCCACGUGUGGUGUGGGUUUCAAUUCCAAGGGAGCCUUUCACAAUCACAAAAAGACGCACGAGGUCCAAUCGUUCAUGUGCGAAUAUUGUGAUAAGAGUUUUAAUCGGAGGGACUCGUACAAGGAGCAUCUUUUAAUCCACACCGGUCCCAGGUACCGAUGUCCUCAUUGUCCCAAGGAAUUCGUUCAAAAGUCGAACUUGAACCGGCACAUCCGGAUCCAUCUGAACAUCAAGCCGUACAAUUGUAACUAUUGCGAAAAGACCUUCUCAGAUCGCGGAGCUUGCAAAUCACAUGAAAAGCUUCACACGGGAGACCAGAGGAAGCCCUGCAAAUUCUGCGGGCAGAUCUUCUCCCGUGGCCAGAAGCUUCGAUAUCACAUGCGAAUCCACACAGGUGAAGGUCUGCUUAAGUGUGACUUGUGCGACAAGGUCUUUACCAACGGCUACUCCAUGAAGAAACAUCUCUCCACGGUACAUUCCAAUGCGGGCGAGUCAUGUAUUGUGUGCGGCUUCGCCACCAAGAACACCAAGGUCCUGGCCAGUCACAUCAAGAAGAACCAUCCUAACUUCGGGAGCCGUUGCAAAGAUUGCGGAUUGGCUUUCCGCUCGUUCACCGAGCUGAAUCGUCACAUUCACUCGGUUCAUCGUGGAGAACGGCGAACGGGUUUCAGUUGUCGCCAUUGCGACGCCAUCUUCAACAGCCAGACGGACAUCCGAACUCAUCUCAUCGAGGAGCACCAAAUCAACGAAGAUCACGCCCUGCAUUUCUUGAACCAUUUCAAGAACGAGCAAGACAUCUCGGUUGGCUCUGAGGCAUCCAAUGCGAUCCUCUGAGCCCCGCCAUCCAGCCGAGUCGAAUCAAAGCGCGGUGGUUUCCGAACCUCCCGUCUACACGUGUCACGAGUGUCAAGCCGAGUUCAACUCCAUGCAGUUCCUGUUCAGCCAUUGGAAAGCGGAAGUGUCCCACAAGCCGGAAAAGCAAUGUUCUAUUUGUUCGAAGAAAUUUAAAUCGCAUUUACAAGCAAAUAACCACCAAAUGGCCAAACAACGCGGGCCAUCACAAACCCGACAUGAAAACCGAAGUUGAUUCAGAUGAGGCGGAAAUGAAAGACGGCGAAUGGCCGGAGGGUUUGGAGCCCGCUAUUGCAUUAAAUGUAGAAGAAAACACACCAGUGAUACCAUUAAAGUGGAAAUUCAAGAAGGAUCUUAAAACAGCUCGUGAUUCGUCUUUUCAUUCAUCUCCAACGGUAAUAAAAUGUUCACCCGAUGAUGAA